AUGGAGGCCGACCUGGGGCUCGAUUGCGCCUUUACCGAGGACCGGGUGGAUUGGCCCCGGCUCCUGGGUGCCUUGUACGAGCUGUCGCUGAACAAGUCCCACUCCGUGGUCAUGAUUUCUUCGGCACAGUUGCAGAUCCACUUGGACAGCGACAUCGAGAGAGACCUCGAGUCUGAUGGAUGCUUCAUAGGGCUCUUCACUCUGCGACUUGUGGUGGUUUUGAUGACCCUGCAGCAGGACAAGCUCUUCUUGGAAGGUAUUCAUGAUGAUCGACUGCAAAGAGGCUUCGAACGGUUUUUGCGCUUCUCUAUGGUGCAAGUGAUGCGGUCUCCUUUCGCUUUCAGUCUGUUUGAGGCCCUCCAUGCCUACACCCGCAAAGUCCAGGAGAUGUGCCCGUUGCUGGAUGGGCCGCCAGUGCCAGUGGCCAUCCGUGAGGAUUUGCUAUCACCCAACUGGGCCACGCUGCAGUGCAUACGGUCCAGAGGCUCUCCGAUUUCCGUUCAGAUUCCCACCAAGACUUGGACCCCAUGGUGUGGAGUGCAGGAGCCAUGGCACAGUUGCCAUCAGUUGCCCAGAAUUUUCUGCGGGGCAGUUGCGACUGCGGCAAUUGACUGCGGGUUUGAAUGA